AUGACUCAGGACACUCUCCAGUUCAUUCCUCUUCACAAGACGUUUGGCGCCCAAUGCGUGGGCGUCGAUUUUAGCAAGGAGCUGCCACCAGAAGUGGUUCAGCAAGUCAAAGACGGCCUACACAAGUACGGACUUUUGACAUUCCGCAAGACUGGUUUGACUGACGAGAAUUUCGUCAAGUUUGGCCAACAUUUUGGCGAACUAUGUCCCAACGCUUCGGCUGACAACAGAGUCAAGUCUAAGUAUAUUGGAGAUCCUAGCAACAUCCACCGUGACGGCACUGUUGUCCAGAAAGGUGAACUGCAAUAUUUCAUUGGCAAGGCCACUGGUAUCUUCCAUGUUGACAAAUCAUAUGAUCCAAGAAGAGUUCGUUACACCACUCUGAAAUGUACAGUUCCCGUGCCAGCAGGUACAGGAGGAGCUACCGAGUUUGCUGACAGUAGAACUGCUUAUGACGACCUCGACGAAGAGACCAAGCAGUACAUUCAAGACAAAGUCGGAGCACACUCGAUUUUCGAGUCUCGUCGAAAAGCUGCUCCUUGGCUCAAGACAUUCCAAAUGCUUGAUCCUAACGACUUCCCAUUCGGCAAGUUCCCUGUAGUUGAGACCCAACCUCAGACCGGACGUAAAGAUCUUUACCUGGCAGGCCAUUUGCAUCAUAUUGAAGGCAUGGACCAAGAAGAAAGCACCAAACUCAUUGAAAAGCUGUUUAAUCACGCUACCCAGCCGAAAUACGUGCACAAAGUCAACUACGAAGAGCCCGGCGACUUUGUCAUCUGGGACAAUCUGGCAGUCCUGCACCGAGCCGGCGGCGGGUCCUACGUCGGAAUCCACCCGCGAGACGUGCGAAACCUGACCAUCUACGACAACUCGGACGGUGAAUGGGGGUUCAACGACCGCAACCAAGAGCGCAUCGACCCCAUGAAAUACAUCCGGGCUGCCCACGAAAAGGCCUUUGCCGGCGACUCCACCGCCAACGACUUCAACAACGAGAUCCUCGACUACGAUUAA